AUGGUGUUGCACAGCAGUUUGAUGGUAGCAGGCGUUGAAGAAAGCGGUCGUAUCAGACGAGGGUGUUGCGAGGGUGAGCGCAAGAUCUGCUUCAAGGCCAAUAUGGAGGUGCAUGAUCUUAUUAGCCCCGUCUCAACAAACAGGGCGUUCAGUGCUGCAACGCGCUCCCGCACAUUGGCCUGUGGUCGGAUGACGCGACCCAAGACAUGGUAA